AGAUAAAGAAAGCGCAGAGUGAUUGUUCUGCUCUACUGAGCUGAGUCUCUGUUUGGAGUCUUAACAAAGAAGAAGACGACGAUGUCGACGACGAUGUCCUCCACCAUUUCCUUUUCAAUCGGUACUCUCAUCAACAAACCCAAUUCCAAUUUCACUCUGCGUUCUUCCUUCCUCGGCCCUCCUCCCAAGCUUCACCUCAAAACGACGUCGUCCAAAGUCACCAUGAGCGUGGAGGCCGGCAUCGGACUCAUGGCCACCAAGUUAGGCAUGAUGAGUUUCUUCGAGGCCGACGGCAAGGUCGUCCCCGUCACCGUCGUCGGCUUCAAGGAAGGCAACAUUGUCACCCAGGUCAAGACCCAGGCCACCGACGGAUACGACGCCGUCCAGGUGGGCUACCGCCGCGUACGCGACCGCAAGCUCACAAAGCCGGAGAUGGGCCAUCUGGAGAAGGCCGGGGCCAUCCCUAUGCGCCAUUUGCAGGAGUUCCGGCUGCAAUCGGUGGAGGGGUUCGAGGCGAACCAGAAGCUGGUGUUGGAGGAGCUGUUCAAGGAAGGGGAUCUGGUCGAUGUUUCCGGGACCACGAUUGGGAAGGGAUUCCAGGGUGGUAUCAAGCGGCAUCACUUCAAAAGGGGUCUGAUGACUCAUGGGUCGAAGAGCCAUAGAGCUCUGGGGUCCAUUGGAGCUGGAACCACUCCUGGGAGAGUGUACAAGGGGAAGAAGAUGCCUGGUCGAAUGGGAGGGACUAAGCGUAAGAUUCGAAAGCUCAGAAUCGUAAAGAUUGAUAAGGAACUCAAUGUUGUCAUGAUCAAAGGCGCUCUUCCUGGAAAGCCUGGUAAUCUUCUCAGGAUUACACCUGCUAAGAUUGUUGGCUUAAACAUUCCCAAGAAUUAAUUUUUUUCUUUCUUUCUUUCCUUCUUUUCAAAUUUCUUCCAAUUUUCUUGCUUGUAUAACAUUUUGAGAAUUCAUAGUUGAUAAUAUUUUCUAUUGUCAGUGUUA